UCUAAUUUUCUUUUGUUUAAAAUUUUUAAAAUUAAUUUUCGUGUCAUAGCAAAGUCCUCCUUUGCUUUCCUCGCUCACUCUCUCUCUUUUGGGACAGAGAAGAGAAAGAGAGAGAAGCAGCUCCUUUUACAGAUCGCACUCUCUCGAUCCAGCAAAGGGUAUGUUUCAGCCAAGUUCUGGUGCCACCUCUGUUUAAUAGCUGGUAGACGGUGAUAGAAUUCUGGUUGCUUACAAGUUGCAACCCAUAUUGUUCUGAUAUGGGUCGCUUAAAGCUGCAGCCAGGAAUUAAGUCGAUCGAGGAAGAACCUGAGGAGUGCGACUCUUCCUACUCUAACAAGGCUACUUUAGCAUGCAUGAUAAAUGCAGAAGUUGGUGCAGUUUUGGCAGUCAUGAGGAGAAAUGUUAGAUGGGGAGGUCGUUAUAUGUCUGGUGAUGAUCAACUAGAGCACUCUUUGGUUCAGUCCUUGAAGUCAUUGCGGAAGCAAAUCUUCUCAUGGCAGCACCCAUGGCAUACUAUCAACCCUGCUGUGUACCUUCAGCCAUUUUUGGAUGUGAUUCGAUCCGAUGAAACUGGUGCUCCAAUCACUGGGGUCGCUUUGUCAUCUGUUUACAAGAUUUUAACUCUUGAUGUUAUUGAUCAAAACACAGUAAAUGUCGAAGAUGCUAUGCACUUGGUAGUUGAUGCUGUCACAAGUUGCAGAUUUGAGGUGACAGAUCCUGCAUCAGAAGAGGUAGUGCUGAUGAAGAUACUUCAGGUUCUUUUAUCUUGUAUGAAAAGUAAAGCAUCAGUCACACUGAGUAAUCAGCAUGUCUGUACCAUAGUCAAUACUUGCUUCCGCAUAGUUCACCAAGCAGGAAGUAAAGGAGAGUUGUUACAGCGGAUUGCUCGGCACACGAUGCACGAACUUGUUAGGUGUAUAUUUUCACACCUUCCGGAUGUUGACAACACAGAACAUGCACUGGUUAAUGGAGUUAGUACUGUCAAACAGGAGAUUGGUGGUAUGGAUAAUGAUUACACUUUUGUGAACAAACAGUCAGAAAAUGGCAACAGUAGUUCUGAAUUGGAUGGUCAAACAUCUUCUGUGAGCUUUGGCUCUAGUGUUUCUACAGGUCUGGUGCCAACUGUUACAGAAGAAAAUACAAUUGGCGGUAGCGGAAAGGAUGCCCUUCCGUAUGAUUUACACCUCAUGACAGAACCAUAUGGUGUUCCCUGCAUGGUCGAGAUUUUCCACUUUCUGUGCUCUUUGUUAAAUGUUGUUGAGCAUAUGGGAAUGGGUCCUAGAUCUAAUACAAUAGCAUUUGAUGAAGAUGUACCUCUCUUUGCAUUGGGAUUAAUUAAUUCAGCUGUAGAAUUGGGCGGGCCUUCUAUUCGUCAUCACCCCAGGUUAUUGAGUUUGAUUCAGGAUGAAUUAUUUCGUAAUCUUAUGCAGUUUGGCUUGUCCAUGAGCCCACUGAUUCUCUCAAUGGUUUGUAGUAUUGUUCUCAAUCUGUAUCAUCAUCUAAGUACUGAACUCAAAUUGCAGCUUGAGGCUUUUUUCGCUUGCGUGAUUUUGAGACUUGCACAGAGCAGAUAUGGUGCUUCUUACCAGCAGCAAGAGGUUGCCAUGGAGGCUCUCGUUGACUUCUGCAGGCAGAAAACAUUUAUGGUGGAGAUGUAUGCUAACUUAGAUUGUGAUAUAACAUGCAGUAAUGUGUUUGAAGACCUGGCUAAUCUGUUGUCGAAGAGUGCAUUUCCAGUUAACUGCCCUUUGUCUGCAAUGCACAUUCUUGCUUUGGAUGGUCUCAUAGCUGUUAUUCAGGGGAUGGCUGAAAGGAUAGGCAAUGGAUCAGUUAGUUCAGAGCAGGCUCCGGUGAACCUGGAGGAGUACAUACCAUUCUGGAUGGUGAAGUGUGAUGACUAUGGCGAUCCAGAUCACUGGGUUCCAUUUGUGCGCAGGAGAAAGUACAUUAAGAGAAGAUUGAUGAUUGGAGCUGAUCACUUCAACCGUGACCCGAAGAAAGGCCUAGAAUUUCUCCAAGGAACACAUCUCUUACCUGACAAGCUUGAUCCACAAAGUGUGGCCUGCUUUUUCAGGUACACUGCUGGGUUAGAUAAGAAUCUAGUUGGGGAUUUCCUGGGAAAUCAUGAUGAAUUUUGCGUUCAGGUUCUUCAUGAAUUUGCUGGGACUUUUGAUUUCCAAGGUAUGAAUCUGGAUACUGCUCUGCGGUUGUUCUUGGAGACUUUUAGGCUUCCUGGAGAAUCUCAAAAAAUACAAAGGGUUCUUGAGGCAUUCUCCGAGAGAUACUAUGAGCAAUCACCGCAGAUUCUAGCUAAUAAGGAUGCUGCUCUUUUGUUAUCUUAUUCACUUAUAAUGCUCAACACAGAUCAGCAUAAUGUACAGGUGAAGAAAAAGAUGACAGAGGAGGAUUUUAUACGGAACAAUAGGCAUAUUAAUGGAGGCAAUGACUUACCUCGAGAAUUCUUGUCAGAAUUGUACCACUCAAUUUGCAGGAAUGAGAUCCGGACUACUCCAGAACAAGGAGCUGGUUUCCCUGAAAUGACCCCGAGUCGGUGGAUUGAUCUAAUGCUCAAAUCCAAGAAAACUGCUCCUUUUAUUGUAUCUGAUUCUAGAGCCUACCUUGAUCAUGAUAUGUUUGCAAUAAUGUCAGGUCCCACAAUUGCGGCUAUCUCAGUUGUGUUUGAUCAUGCUGAACAUGAAGAUGUUUACCAGACAUGUAUUGAUGGUUUCUUAGCUGUUGCAAAAAUUUCUGCUUGUCAUCAUCUUGAAGAUGUAUUGGAUGAUCUAGUCGUGUCUCUCUGUAAGUUCACAACUCUCCUGAAUCCAUCUUCUGUUGAGGAACCUGUGCUAGCCUUUGGUGAUGACACAAAAGCCAGGAUGGCAACUGUGACUGUUUUCACCAUUGCAAACAGGUAUGGUGAUUAUAUUCGCACAGGCUGGAGAAAUAUUCUGGAUUGCAUCUUACGGUUGCACAAACUAGGUCUUCUUCCAGCACGUGUUGCCAGUGAUGCUGCUGAUGAAUCAGAACUUUCUACUGAACCCGGUCAAGGGAAACCUAUUACAAAUUCUCUAUCUUCAGUUCAUAUGCAAUCUAUGGGAACUCCUAGGAGAUCUUCUGGAUUGAUGGGCCGGUUUAGUCAGCUCUUAUCUCUUGACACUGAGGAGCCAAGAUCACAACCUACUGAGCAACAACUUGCUGCUCAUCAACGCACCCUUCAGACAAUUCAAAAGUGCCAUGUCGACAGCAUAUUUACUGAGAGCAAGUUCUUGCAAGCUGAAUCUUUAUUACAGCUCGCACGAGCUCUCAUCUGGGCAGCAGGGCGACCCCAGAAAGGGAACAGCUCUCCAGAGGAUGAAGAUACUGCAGUUUUCUGCCUGGAGUUGUUGAUUGCAAUUACUCUGAAUAACCGUGACAGGAUUGUGCUAUUAUGGCAGGGUGUUUAUGAGCACAUAGCUAAUAUUGUUCAAUCAACUGUAAUGCCUUGUGCAUUAGUAGAGAAGGCUGUGUUUGGACUCCUCCGGAUUUGCCAGCGGUUGCUCCCCUAUAAAGAGAACCUGGCUGAUGAACUUUUGAGGUCCUUGCAACUUGUUUUGAAGCUUGAUGCCCGUGUUGCUGAUGCUUACUGUGAACAAAUUACACAGGAAGUCAGUCGCCUUGUAAAGGCAAAUGCUACGCAUAUCAGAUCUUUAAUGGGAUGGCGUACAAUUACAUCCCUGCUUUCCAUAACAGCUCGGCACCCUGAAGCUUCUGAAGCUGGAUUUGAUGCACUGCUGUACAUUAUGAGUGAUGGAGCUCACUUGAUGCCAGCCAACUAUGUUCUUUGUGUUGAUGCAGCAAGGCAGUUUGCAGAGUCUCGUGUGGCACAGGCAGAGAGGUCUGUACGUGCACUAGAUCUUAUGGCGGGUUCCGUUGAUUGUUUGGCUCGGUGGUCUCAUGAGGCUAAGGAAGCAAUGGGGGAGGAGGAAGCUGCGAAAUUGUUACAGGACAUUGGGGAGAUGUGGCUGAGGCUUGUACAGGGACUAAGAAAAGUUUGUUUGGAUCAGAGAGAAGAGGUCAGAAACCAUGCACUUUUGUCAUUGCAGAAAUGCUUGACAAUAGUGGAUGGGAUCAAUCUUCCACAUGGUUUGUGGCUACAGUGUUUUGAUCUGGUGAUCUUUACAAUGCUUGACGACUUGCUUGAAAUUGCUCAGGGACACUCCCAAAAAGAUUUCAGAAACAUGGAUGGUACACUAAUUAUUGCUGUAAAGCUCCUGUCAAGAGUGUUUUUACAGCUACUCCAUGACCUUGCUCAGUUAACAACUUUCUGUAAGCUAUGGCUGGGAGUGCUCAGCCGAAUGGAGAAAUAUCUGAAGGUUAAAGUAAGAGGGAAAAAGAGCGAGAAGCUUCAGGAAGUAGUGCCUGAGCUUUUGAAGAACACCUUGCUUGCAAUGAAGGCCGAGGGAGUGCUAGUUCAGAGGAGUGCCUUAGGUGGGGAUAGCUUGUGGGAACUAACAUGGCUGCAUGUGAAUAACAUUGCUCCAUCUUUACAAUCUGAGGUGUUCCCAGAUCAAGACUGGGAGCAGUCUCAGCACAAGCAGGGUGAAACAAUUGGUAGUUUGGCAUCUGAUGGAACGGGUUCUGUUCCAUCAAAUGGAUCAGUGGCUUCUGAAGGUUCUGGAAUGGGAGGUUAAGGUUACAAUGUUUCGUCAUCCUGCUAAUACACGUAGCCGAGGGAUAUUAUCAUAUGCAUUGAGCUGGUACAUUUGAUGUCCAGACACCAGAAGUGACAGGGUUAAUGGUAGAGAUUCACCAGCUCAUGCUGUUGGAACCAAGUUGAAUAGAAAAACGGGAAUUCCGUUUGGAGGUGUAAAAGGUUCGGCUGGAUUUGGUUGUCAUCACCAAAAUGUGGAUUUCCCAGAUGUUAUAUAGUUGUCUAGGAUUAUGUGUAGGUUAAUUUUUGCAUAUGAAUGGUUCAACCCCCAUGAUUGUGUAUUUCUGGAAUCUAGAAGGGAAGAAUUGCUUCAUCUACCGUUUAGGAAAAUUUUAAGUCUAUAAAUUUGUAUUAGCUUGCUCGCUAAUGUACAGAAACAAAAUUUUUGAGACUUAUUAUCUAUCAAAAUUAGGUUGUUCUGAACAUGAAAAAUGAAGUGUACGAUUUUGGGUGGA